GCCGCAUUAGCCCAAGUUGUUGUCGUCAGGUUACCGCUCAUCAUUCGAGGCUUUCGUUUCUAAGAGUACGCAGCGACUAUCACCAAUUUCCUAGCACCACUCAGUUGGUCAAGAUUAUCGUUACAAUGAAGACUGUAUGCACAUUUCUGGCAAUUCUAGGACUUUUUGUCCUCGCCCUGUCCGCACCAGUUAACCGCCCGCAAGACGCAGGCAAGGCAACACGUCUCGCAAGGGAUGUCGGAGACAAUACGACGGUUGCUCAACGGUUGGAAGAAGCAGUAGAAACGUUGGCGGAAGAUAUUGCAGAUAGAGUGACGGAUGAGGAGGUUGAACAAGUGGCUGACGAAGUAGCUGAUGCUGCAGAGCAAGUAGAUGAUGCAGUGGCGGACAUGGAAGAACAGGUCUCUCAAGAUGAGGAGAUGGCAACAGAUAUGACUGCAACAGAUGUGACUACAACUGAGGAAGUAAACACUGAGACUCCAGAAGAAGGAGCUACAGCUAUAGAGGAUGAGGAAGAAGCAGAACGUCUGAUGGAAGAAGAAAUGGAAGAGGACGAUUCAGAAACUACUGAACAAGAAUUAGCUGAUGAGGAAACUGAGGAGGUUGAAAUGGAGGAUGAAUCUGAACAAGAAUCCGAGGAAACUGAGCAAGAGGUAUCUGAUGAGGAAGCUGAAGAGACUGAAAUCGAGGAUGAAUCUGAAGAGGAAGUGUCUGAGGAAGAAUCUGAGAUGUCUGAAGGUGUUGAUUCUAACGUUUUGUCUGAGGCUGAAGAAAUUGCUGAACAAGCAGCAGAAGAAUUAGUUGCAGAGGUGGAAGGAGGUGAAAUGACAGAAGAAGAGGCUGAAAGAGAGGUAGGAAAGGUUGCCAAGGAGCUGUCUGAAGUUGGCGCUGGGGAUGAGGAAGAGAUUGGUGAAGCCAUCAGAGGAGCAGUAGAGGAAACGCUUAGGGAAGAUGCCGAGUCAAUGGCAGAUGAAGAAUCAGAAGAAACGGAAGAACAAGUGGGAGUCGAUUCACCUAAAGGGGAAGACAUAGGAAACUCUGACGUUGACAACUUGAUGGAAGAGGUUGCUCGAUUGGAACAGCGAGUAGGAGAUCUGGAAGAGGAAGCUCGGGAAGCAGUUGAUGCAGAUUCACAAGAACCGUCUGAUGACCAGAUUAUGCCGGAAGAUGAAGGCGAAGAAGAAAUCAAUGAAGAUGAAGAUGUACCAGAGCAACAAGAAGAUGAUACAAUGCUGCCAGAAGAAGAGGAAGAAGAAGAAGACAUGCUUGCAGACAUCGAGGAAACUACAGCAAGACUUUUCGAAGAUGACGAGAGGGCACAGUCAGUAGCUGCUAGACUAAAGCAACGUGUCAGUGAGGACAUGCAAACAUACUUGAGAGACGUAGAAGAUCUUACCCGAGAACUCGUGGAUGAAGUUGCCUCAGGAAAAAUGACUGAGGAAGAGGCUUUAAAUGAGAUGCGUGAUUCUGCAGCUUUCGGAUAUCUUGCAGGAGAUGAAGCAUCUACAUUUAUUGACAUGCUAGAACGAAGAUUUAGAGAAGCAGUUCAGCAACAACAGGAAGGUGAAAAUGCAUUGGAUACUGAAACAGACAGUGAAGUAAUAGACUCAGAAGAAGAUGAGGAAGGAGAGAUUGAGGAAGAAAUAGUAGAAGAAGCAGAAGAAGAACAGGCUAUGGAAGAGGAAGCAGAAGAUGAGGAAACUGUAACAGAAGAGGAGGAAACUGUAACAGAAGAGGAAGCAGAAGAGGCCAUGGAGGAGGCAGCAGAGGAUGAGGAAACUGUAACAGAAGAGGAAGCAGAGCAGGCCAUGGAGGAGGAAGCAGAAGAGGAAACUGUAACAGAAGAGGAAGCAGAAGAGGCCAUAGAGGAGGCAGCAGAGGAUGAGGCAACUGUAACAGAAGAGGAAGCAGAGCAGGCCAUGGAGGAGGAAGCAGAAGAGGAAACUGUAACAGAAGAGGAAGCAGAAGAGGCCAUGGAGGAGGAAACAGAAGAGGAAACUGUAACAGAAGAGGAAGCAGAGCAGGCCAUGGAGGAGGAAGCAGCAGAGGAAGAGGAAGAGGCUAUGGAUGAAGAAGCUCAACCAGACACGGCCGAAUCUGAUGAAGAGACUGCAGAUGAAGAUGAGAGUGAGGAGGAAGAAAUUAUUAAUCAAGGGAUUGAGGAGAUCGAGGAAGGUCUAAGAAAUGGAGAGUUGACAAAAGAAUCGGCUGAAGAAAUAGCAGAAGAUACUGCACGAGAGAUUGUAGAUGAUGUGGAGGAGCAAGAGCAGCUGACAGAGGCCAUUGAAGAUGCAGUUGAGGAAGACCUGGUUGAGGAGGCUGAGGAGGAAGAAGAAGCAACAAAUGAUGAAAGGUACCAAGAAAUUGGUGAGAGCCCGGAUACAACAAAUGAACGUGAAACUGACGAGGAACCAGUUGAGGAUGAUCUGGCAGAGCAAGAGCGCGGUGAAGCAGCUGAACAGGAGUCCGAGGAUCUGAUGGAUCGCUGAUGAUAUGAGCGUCCCAAAACGUCGUUCGUCCUAAAUAAUUAUUUACUGAUAAUGCGUGUUUUAGUGUUGAUUUGUACGAGACAUUUUACUCUCAUGAAUUAGAGCUGUGAAUUAAUCUUUGAAUGAAUCAUGA